AUGAGUCUCCUGCGCUUCGCCUCUCAGGUGGCCACGGUCGGGCUUCGUGCACCCGUAGUUCACUACCGGGUAUCCCCCACUCUGUCGGCCUUCUUCUCCGACAGUGGCGAUGACUCGGAAAGCACCGCCUCGCUCCCGAGGCGGACCUAUAGCACCUCCUCGGAGGGUGGGCCCCGGCGGAAAAGCCGCGGCCGGGGUGGCUCUCGCGCGGCGCGCGCCGCGGCCGAAAACGAACUGGACGAUCGCCUGGACGACGCGGACAUCCAGCACCUGAUGAAGGAGUAUGCCGCCACCCGGGGCCCCUCAUUGAACCAAACCCGGCGGGAAAUCCUCGAUAGCAUCCCCCUGACCGGCGACCCGGAGGUGGAUCGCCUGCGCCGGGCCCAGGCCAAUGCCGACCUGCACUUCAUGUCCGUCACGCCGGAGGAGCAGAUCUCCCUGUCGGAGCUGGAGCGCCUCAACCGCCGGCCCCGAUUGGACUACCUGCAAAACUUGAUGGACCAAUCCCGCCUGGAUACCAAGCCGGCCGACAGUCCGGCGGACCCGGAGCAGCUGGAGCAGGAGGGCGACCGCCUCAUGGCGCGGGCCCUCUUCGGCCAGCUUCCCAACCCGGAUCAGGCCCUGGAGAAGAUGCACAUCCAGCUGAAGGCCGGUGGCAGCCUCACCGGGCCCAUCCUGUCGGAGGAGGAAAUUGUCACCCGCAUGCUGGAGGCGCAGGAGCGCGACCGGCCCACCCCCGAGCGCUUCCUUCAAAACCUGCAGGAACAUGCGCCGGAGGCUCCGGAAAGCAUGCGCACCCUGCUGCAAAUGGCCGAAGCCAAGUCCGGGGUCUCGACCAAGCAGCUGGAGCAGGAGUGGGAACGCGACAAGCUGGAGUACAAGCGCCGGAAGUUGGAAUACCUGCGCGCCGGUGGCAUUGUCGAUCCCAUGCACGACUCGGAUCACAGCGACGCCGAGAUGUAUGAGACCAUGCGGGUGGCCAGUUCGCGCCUCUACACCAAGCAGGACCUCGACAGCCCGGAGGCCAUGAAGAUCCACCUGCCCGGGGAACGCCUCUACACGGACAAGGAGAUCGCCGAUGCCAAUUACAUUUGGACCCACUUGAAGAAGGUGGAAACCUUCCACCAAGUGGCGGAGGAGCUGUCCCACUCCCUGGCUCAGCAGCAGGAUAUGCCCGAGCGAUCUCCCCUCCGGGCCGUGGAGAUGGAGCGCUUGCGUGCCGAGCGGGCUGCUCGCCGUGCCGAAAGCUGGGCCUCCCCGCCCAGCAUGGCCUCCCUCUACGAGGGGGACGAGGACCCCGGCGAGGAUUCCGACAGUCGGGCCACCUUCAAUUCCCAGCGUCUGAUGAACCAAGCCAUGCUGCUGGACCCCCGGUCGGCCGAGGUGGAUGGGUUUAAUGCCACCGGGCCGGCGCAUUCCUUCACCCUCGGCGGGUCGGCCGCGGCGGCCGGCGCCACCGACGACGACGACGACGACAAUGGGCCCGCCGGCCCGGGCGACCGGACCCUCACCCCGAUGCAGGAUGCCGGGGCCUGGGGCUCGGCCGGCAUGUGGGAGGACCCGCCGGGGCCGGGGUCGGGCUUCGACCCGGCCGCCACCAUGGCGGUCCUUCCGCCGGCCGAUGCCGAGCGCCGUGCGGCCAUUCUCCAGCAAAUUCAACAAGCCCAGCAGAAGACCCUCCUGCGGCACCACAUCGAGGACCAGGUGGUGCAGGCCGAAACCUUCAAUCGCCAGCAGGACAAGGAGGAGGAGAACACGCGCAAGAUCACGCAGUCCCUGCGGCGCCGGCUGCCCGAGGGGAAGCAGCAUCUGGCCGACCUGAAGGACAUCGACCUGCUGACCCGGUCUCCGGAGCAGGCGGCCACCAUUUUGCCGCACUUCCUGGAGGACGGCAUGGAAAUGUUGAAGACCCUGCGCAAUCCCGAUCUCCAUGAGCAAAAGGCCGAUGCCCUGAAUGCGGAGGCCCUCGGCGAGGCGCUGAUCACCAGUGCCGACCAGGAGCUCGAGCAGCAGGUCGAAAUCCACCGCCGGCUGUUGGCCAUCAAUGAGAAGCUGAACCAGCUGGAGGAGCAUCUGCCGGCCCUGGCCCAGCAUCACCAGGUGUCGCGCUUUGCCCGGAACAUUGUCCGCCACGCCAGUGCCACUUUGCAGAAUUACCCGACCCAGCUCAUCCAGGACCAGGUGGAGGCCGGGACGCUGGUGCUUCCCCCGCCGGAGGUGUUGAAUUCCCUCCGGCACGGGCACCGGGCCAGCGCCACCAGCAGUUACCUGGCUCGGCCGACGCUGCAUGUGCCUCGUCCCGGGCCGGAUGCCUACACCGAGCCGGCGGCUCGGAUCCAGCUGAAUCCCACCCCGCUGGCGGAGUCGACCCGCAUCACGACGAUGCCCUACUCGGAGUUCAGCCGCCGGUUCAACUCCCCGCACUAUGACGCCACCCUGGCGCACUUGGGGAGCCUGCCGGACAUCGACUCGCCGGAGGAGCUGGCCCUGCCGGAGGCCGAGCGCCAGGAGGCCCGCAUUGGGACUUCCCUCGAUCAGGUCACGCGCCUGGAGCAGACCAUGUCCCUGGUGACCACCAUCGAGGAGCUGGCCGAUGAGCUGGCUGACGUCCGGGACUCCAUGGCCCCGGAGACGCUGGCCUUCCUGGAUCGGUUGGUUUUCGCGGCCGACAUCGCCAAGCAAUUCUCCUUCGGCCAGCAGGUGGACGGGUCCUUCGACAUUGCCCAGUUCCUGGACGACUCGCUUGGCGAUCUGAACCUGGAGUCGGACGACUCGGCCGAUGAGUCCGCCGGUCCGGGGCCGGUCCGGGUGCCGCUGUCACGCAAGGCGGCCGCUCGCCAGGCGGCCGCCGCGGCUGCCGCAGCCGCUGCCCAGGCCGCGGCCGAUGCCGAGUCCGGGUUCCCCGGUGAGGCCAUGUUCGACACGGCCCCCACGGACUCGGAUGACUGGCAGCAUGCCCCGUCGGCCGGAUCGAUCGGCGUCCUCCGGGCGCGCCAGGCCCUGGCCCGAGCGGCGGACGGCAGCCCGCCCCCGAGCAACAUCACCGAAGCGGUGCGUGCCCAGUGGCUGCCGGGUCAUUUGCAGAAGCCCGGCACCCUGGCCUCGUAUGAACGCCUGCGCGAGGUGGCCGCCGUGAAGAAUGCCGCCUCGCCGGUGGAUCUGUCUCAGACCCCGCUGGAGCGAGCCCUGCGCGCGGCCACCGGCGAGCGGGUGGACUCCCUGCUGGCCGACCCGGCCACCGGGGCCCUGCUCGGCGAGCAGACUCGCGUGGCCACCGGGCCACACGCCCUGCCCGGGGCCAACACCAUGGGCCAGCCGGCCGGCGGCUUCUUCAGCAACAUGUUUGCCGACUCGGCCGAUCCCUCGAGCCAGUCCCAGAAUGAGGGCACAGCGCUGUUGAUGUCCUCCCCGGGCAAGGCCCCUUCCAAGGAGGAUGCCCGGGCGUCUCUGCAUGAUCCGGAGCUCGUGAAGAAGGCGCUUUCCGAGAAGUCCGCCCAGUCGGCCGGGUCUCCUCCGGGUACCGGCGCUGCCCGCGGCGGUGUGGCUCUGGUUGCGGAUGAUGGCCACAAGUCGGGGCUUCCCUCGCCGGAGGCUCUGCUGUCCAGUGCCUCGCUUGGCAAGCAGUUUGUCAUGGGCUCGCUCCGUGAAUCGGUUUCCUCUCACCUGCCUUUGGCGGUGUCGGAUUUGGUGGCUACCAAGGGCAUCAACAUGAACCUUCGGAUCAACAAGAUCGAGUCGAGCAUCGGCCAGUCGGCCUCGCAGAGCCGCGCCUUCAACUCCCGGUCCAAUGUGCCCAACCAUGUCCGACGUCUGGGCGUGGUCAUUCGCGACUCCCUCAAUGAGGUCCUGUCUUCCAGCACGGAGAACCAGAUGCCGCCCCUGACCGGCAAUGUGGGCAUCCGCCAUGUGGAGAUGUCCUCGGAUGGGUCGAAUGCCUUUAUUCACUGGUAUGACACCAAGCCCCACGAUGUCUUGGGCUUGGCUCUGCUGCAGGCCGAUCGGUCCCUCAAUCCGGCGAAGGUCGAGAAUCUGCCCGGUGUCAUCGCAGCCAUGCAGGCCCGCAUCGAGCUGAUGAUCCCCAAGCUGCAGUAUGUCAUCGGUGACCAUGUUCAGAUGAAGUAUGUCCCGUCGCUCCACAUCAUCUACGACGCCAGUGCCAAGAUCCUGUCCGAUGCCAAUUCCUUCCUGGACUCCUUCGGCGUGGAUGAGCUGAUUGAUGACUUCGAUGGGGACCAGAUGGACUUCAUCGAGGCGGCCGGCCGCAAGUCGGACUUCUUCCAGGGCACCGUGUCGCCCAUGUUGACCGGCGACCCGCGGGCCGAGUACCGUGCCUAUGUGGACCGGCUGCUGGAGAAGUAUGUGGCCAGCAAGAUCGCCGCUCGUGUGUGCCGGUCGGCCGAGGAGGUGGAGGCCCACCGGAAGGCGGCGCUCGUGGGCUACCUGCGCCAUCUGGUGGAGCUGCAUGCCGAGGAUGAGGAGCAGUUCCGCCGUGGGCGCCCGACUGGCGACACCAGCCUGACGGCCGUGCAGGACCAGAUCAACGUCCUGUCGGAGAUCCUGCUGGGUCCCACCAUGCCGGAGAUCUUCCAGUCGGCCAUGAAGGCCUACCAGCUGAAGGAGGAGCAGCGCGAGCAGCGCAUCCGCAGUAAGAUGCGCUCCGAUGUCUUCCGGAUGGCCGAUGGGCGUCUCAUCACCCCGGACCACCCGCGGUACCAUGAAAUCCGCCGGCGCUAUGUCAAGGAGAAGGCCGAGUAUGAGCGCCACCUGCGCAGUGUGGCCGAUGCCGAGGCCAUCCUGUCGACCGGUGCCCCGGCCAGCUUGGACAAGCUGCGCGAGUCGAUUCGCGAGUUGCAGGAGGCCGGGCGUCGCCCGGGCGCCCGGGCCGACAAGGGGGCCCGUGUGCGGGUCCGGUCGGCGGCCGAAAUCGAACGCGCCGAGGAGCACCGGUUCUCGUCGGAGCUGGAUGCCCUGCUGCAUGAGGAUGGUGCCCGCCGGUCGUAUGUCAGCGAGGCCGAGGCGGCCGAGAUGCGCGAAGCGGAGACCCUCAUCAACGAGGUCUUCCCCAUGUCCAAGGAGAUGGAGCGCGCCUACCUGGCGUCCAUGCGUGUGGCCAGCGCCGAUGAGAGGCGCGUGCCCUCUGACAGCGACAGCGACCACGAGGGCAGCGGCGAUGACAAUGCCCAGCCCCCGGGGUCCGACGAUGAGGAGGACAUCAUGCGACGCCUGCACAUGGCGCAGGAGAUCACCCGGCAGAAGCGCGCCGCCCUCGGCGGCCCGGCCGCCACCGAGUACGACCCGGCCUUCGAUGCCAUGUACGCGGAGAAGUUCGGCGACGCUGGGCUCCGGGUUUCCACGGAGUCUCUGUCGGAUUUGGAGGCCGCCGACGAGUGGCGUCCGGACCCCCCGCCGCGGCCGAGCGCGCGUCGCUUCCAGGAGGACAUCUUCCCGACGGUGUACGACGAGGAAGAUGACGAGGGUGCCCCGGUGCGUGGCCGCGCCCGUCGCCGCCGUGUCGCCGCCCGGUCGUCGUCUGCCACCGGCGAGGAGGACCAGGAGUAG